AUGAGUUGUAUGUUUCAUUCCUCACUACAGUUACUCCCAUCUAAUUUUCAAAGCCCAAGAAGUGCUUUAGUUAAGGCAGCCAUGGAGUCGAUUUUUUGCGUGGAACAAGUUAAUGUUCCCCCGGAGUUGGGGACAAUUAUGAAGCAGUACACCAAGGCAAUCCUCAGGGAUAGACCGGCUGAUCUUUACAAGUACAGCGCCAAUUUCUUUGCAGCUCUCUGCGGCCAAGCAGCACCCUUUGACAAGGAUGGGCGGUUUAUAGAGGAAGAAGGGGAAUGCAGGACUCUAGACCGCCACGCAGAGGGUGGGCAAUGUGACGUUGAAGUUAUGGAUACAACAUUGCCUGCGGACCAAGAAGAUCAUGAUAUCGUUCGAAGUGUCUUAAAUGAGUAUGACAUGAACGGUGAGGGAAGAAUGCCCCGUGAGUCGAUCCCAAUGCUGCUUGCAGGCAUGCAAAAAACUCUUCAGCUAAGUGAUGAUGAAGUCGUCGCGGCAGAGCAGGUCCUUGCCUCCCUCGAAACUGAUGAGAACGAUACAAUCGAUCUGUUAGAAUUCCGCCAGAUGUUUUUCAGCUCAGGAUAUGAGCAAUAG